AGAAAUUGAGGCAACGAGUUGAGUAUGACUUGAGCAAGUCCAUACAGAGUGGAGCCAGGAACGCAGACCGUGAGAGUGCAGACCCCAUGGUCUUAGGUCACAGUCAUUAAGUGGGAGACAGGGGCUAUAAAGCCAUCAGAAGGUUAAGUUAGGAAUUAAGUAAAUUAGGUAGGGAGUUAGCAACUAAGUUAAUUACAUUAGGAAUUAAUUGUUAAAUAUGGAGGAAUUUAUCAUGUAGUUGGGGUACCAAGACCUAGGAGAAAAUAAACCAGGCGCGGCCGGGCGCAGUGGCUCACGUCUGUGAGGCCGAGGUGGAUCCGCUUGAGCUCAGGAGUUCGAGACCAGCCUGCGCAACAUAGCCAGAUCCCAAUUUCAAUAGAAAAUAGCAAACAAACCAGGCGCAGAGCGGUUGUGGCGAAGGCAAGGCAAGGCAAGGGUGGGAGUCUGGCUUCGGGGGAACCAUAGAGAAGGGCCAGCCUCCCGGCUUCCUAGAGAGGCAGAAGGGGGCCGACUGCCCGCCCGCUAGUGCUUCCGCCUUGGCCACCUGGCGAGCGCUCCAGUAGUUUCCCGGGCUUCCCUCUCUCGGCUACGUGUUCUGGAGGUCGGGCGUUGGGUCCCUGCAGAGGUCGCCGAGGGGCCCAGCACCCCGUCCUCAGAGACGCAAUCGACCCUGCUGCUCCGAAGAGCUGGCCUGAUGUCCUCCGGGCGGCGGUAUUCAUGGGGAGGAUGGGAGCCGUGACCAUAGGGUCCCCUGCUUGGGGCGGAGCGUUCAGAUCCCGGUUAGGUCUUCGCUCCACAGGUUCUUGCUUUUCCAAACCUAGAGGGCAGUGCAUGAAGCCAGAGGUCAUCAGCCAUGCUCCAGACACUGUGGUUCCAGGGCUUGAGAAGGAACUUGUUUCAGGAGCCAGUGACCUUUGAGGAUGUGGCUGUGUACUUCACCCAGAAUGAAUGGACCAGCCUGCAGCCUUCUCAGAGGGCCCUGUUCAGGGAGGUGAUGCUGGAGAAUUAUGCAACUGUAACUUCCUUGUCAUUUCCAUUCCCCAAACCUGAUCUGAUAUUCCGGCUGGAGCAAGGAGAAGCAGCCUGGGGCCCAGACCCCUGGACGCUUGCUGGGGAAGAAGCCCUGAGAGGCCUGUGCACAGGUGGUAAAACCGAGACUAAGACUGAGGAACAAACUGCACAGCUAAACAUUUUUAAAGAAUCAGAGUCCCACAGACUGAUAGUGGAGGGACUGCUGACAGACAUUCCCCAGCACCCUGACUUCAAGGACAGGUUAGGGAAGUCACAGCUACAUGAUACAGGGAAGAAAACAAACAUAGGAGAUUGCACAGAUUUGACAGUCCAGGAUCAUAAAUCUUCCACCAUUGAAAGGGAAGAGAGAGCCAGGAAAUUGGAAGAAAGUAGUGUCAGCACACAUCUCAUUACAAAGCAAGACUUUGCUAAAGAACGGGUGUUUUAUAAAUGUGGUGAGUGUGGCAGUUACUACAACCCACAUUCAGACCUUCACCAGCAUCAGAGAAUUCACACUAAUGAAAAGCCCUACGAAUGCAAAGAAUGUGGGAAAACCUUCAGAUAUAACUCAAAACUGUCACGGCAUCAGAAAAUCCACACUGGAGAGAAACCAUAUUCAUGUGAGGAAUGUGGACAAGCCUUCGGUCAAAAUUCCCACCUUCUUCAGCAUCAGAAACUCCACGGUGGACAGAGGCCCUAUGAAUGUGCUGACUGUGGAAAAGCCUUCAGUUACAAUUCAAAACUGAUUCGGCAUCAGAGAGUCCAUACUGGGGAGAAGCCCUUUAAAUGUAAGGAAUGUGGGAAGGCCUUCAGGUGUAGCUAUGACUGCUUCAUCCAUGAACGAAUUCACACUGGUGAGAAGCCCUAUGAAUGUAAGGAGUGUGGGAAGAGUUUGAGUUCUAAUACAGCCCUGAUUCAGCAUCAGAGAAUCCACACUGGGGAGAAACCAUAUGAAUGUAAAGAGUGCGGCAAGGCCUUCCGCCGCAGUUCGGUGUUUCUUCAGCACCAGAGGUUCCACACUGGGGAACAACUCUACAAAUGUAACGAAUGCUGGAAAACUUUCAGUUGUAGCUCCCGCUUCAUAGUGCAUCGGAGAAUCCACACUGGGGAGAAGCCCUAUGAAUGCCAGGAAUGUGGGAAGACAUUCAGUCAGAAGAUCACUCUGGUUCAGCAUCAGCGAGUUCACACUGGCGAGAAACCUUUUGAGUGUAAGGAGUGCGGGAAAGCCUUCAAAUGGAAUGCAAGUUUCAUUCAGCAUCAGAAGUGGCAUACUAGGACGGAAGUCAUCGCUGGAACAGGGCCAUCUGCAGUUAAGCCCUACUGCCCCUCGGCCGUCCUCUCUCCUCUGCCUCUCCAAUAUGCCUGCUCUACCCCGGCCCCACCAGAGCCUCCCUUAUCUUCUUCACAUGCAGUGAUACUUCCUCCCUCUGUGCCUUUCUUCCUGCUGCUUCCCUCAUCUGAAAAGGCCAGCCCUUCACCUGUCCAAAUAGUCCAUUUCUUUCAGGAUCUCGCUUUUCCUGGGAAGUCAUCCCUGUGAGCCCCCUCAUGUUCUCAGCAUCCGUUGCACCUCAAGUUAGGGAUGCCACUGGGCUCCUGGUUGUGUCAUACUGAUAUUCUUCUGGUCUUGUAUAAGUUGUUGUUUUCCUAACUUCAUUUUAAGUUCUCACACUUGAGGACCAUAUUUGAUUGGCUUCUUUUAUCCCCCAGGGAGGAAAUGGCAGUACUUCCUCUUUUUCAUGUCCACGCUUGGGCUGUAUCAUCACUCUGCAUCUGUCUUCUGGGGCUGCUGGAGUUGGAAGAGUUUGCAGAACAUUUUCGGGUUUAGGGCAUAUGGCAUUGUGAUUAUGACGAGAUGGGGCAUUAUAAUUAGAGACUAGGAGAAGUGUAAAGCCUGUGGGAGAAGAUAAUCAGUUAAAGUGUCCAAUAUUGCUUUCAGGAUUUUUUUUUUUUUAGCUGGAGUUUCACUUUUGUUGCUCAGGCUGGAGUGCAAGGCUGUAAUCUCAGCUCACUGUAACCUCCGCCUCCGG